CUUGCAGUUUUGAGGUUAGGUUCUUUAAAGAAAAACCAACAUUCACCCGCAAAUGUGCAUAGUUUAUGACAAUGUACUUUUUUCAAGAUGAUGUAAUUGGUGUAAUAAUAAAGACCAUACAGAAAGUGACAGACAUCAAUAAGCUGUACACACAGAAAGUUGUGUUUAUAAUCAUGGAAUAGGUAUUGAUAGAAAUCGGAAGUUUUAACAUCAAAAAAGCAAUACAGAAAAUAAAUAAUUUGAUCAUGGAUAAACAUGCGAUCAAAAUUUACAACGAGGAUGAUUUUCAAAGGAUUACCAAGGGUAUCAAAGUUGCUCAGUGCAUGAGCAUAAGACCGACAGCCUCAGAAUCAAAAAUCCCAUUGAAUCUGUUGGAUGAUUUGGUGGUAUCGGAUUCUUUAAGCUGUUCCUUUUGCAACACCGUUUUUGAAGAUCAGACUCAACAACGUCUUCAUUAUAAGUUAGAUUGGCAUCGUUAUAAUCUCAAGCAACGAUUACACGGUCUUAAAUCAGUUACUGAAGAUGGAUUUAGUCUCAUUGCUGACAAAGAUGACGUCUCAAGUAUAUCUGGUUCUGAACAAGAAUCUGAAAACGAAGACGAUACUGGAACUUCUGAAACUGGAGGAAAAAGCACUCCCGUGCAUUCUGGUGCAUCGGAAAAAAAACAAGACACUCUCCUAGCGACGGCAUGUCGGCACCCCAAAGUUUUCUUCGAGAAUGAUGAUGGCAAUAUAUUCAGCAUUUACCGGUGUUUACUGCACAAUAAGAAGGAAAUUCCAGAAGUUGAUAAUGAGAUGACAGCCCAAGCUCUGGAAAGCGGGAAAAAAGCAGCUUGGACUCUGAUAAUGCUCGGAGGAGGUCAUUUUGCUGCAGCAGUAUUUUUAGGUGGCGAGGCAGUUGUGCAUAAAACUUUUCACAGUUACACUGUCCGAGCACGGCAAGGGUCGUCACAAAGCUCUCGAGAUGUCCGGGCAGUCGGUUCUCGUCCAAAAAGCGCAGGAGCAAGUCUUCGUCGUUAUAACGAAGCUGCCCUUCUUCAGCACGUGCAAGAUAUACUUGAUUCAUGGUCAACGCACAUCGCAAACUCUUCUUUAAUUUUAUUCAGAGCUGUUGGACCUUACAAUAGAAGCGUUCUUUUUGGAGGGAAAAAUCCUCCUCUUGACAAAAACGAUCUAAGACUAAGACCACUGCCAUUCCCUACUCGAAGGGCGACUUUCAGCGAAGUAAAACGCGUAUACGAUAUUUUAAGCACAAUGGAAAUUUACGGAUCAGCGGCGGACUUUACCCAUAGUUUUCCGAUAUCACCUCGCCAACCCUUGAGAAAAAAGACAUGGAAAGUUGUUACUGUGGAUGAAGAAGCUAAGAAGGAAAGUGUGACGAAAAAUGACGACAGUAGUGUAAGCAGCGUAAGCAGUCCUGAAGAUAAUAGAAAGAAGGAAUCCCCAAAUCCUGUUCCUGACAGACAGGCUCGCAGUUCUCGGAUGCAAAUAGACAGGGCGAAACCGAGGAAAAGUCCGCGACGUCCUCUCCCUGAUAUAGUUGCCAGAUUAGCUCGCUCUUCAUCGGAGUCUGAGUACGAUGGCCAAGAAAUGUCAGCUGACAAUAUUAUAAAUUUUUCUUUAUCUGCGGAGGACUAUGAAAUUGAUUUUAAGGAAAACUUGCAGGAAUUCGAAGAUACUGUGCCAAGAUACUUAAAGAAUAAGAAAAUUCGCCCCCAAAAGAGGAAAACCAAGAAAGAGCGCAGUGAAGAAUCUGUACUCAGUAAUCUACUAAUGUCAACUAAAUUGAAAUUAUGGUCGGCAUUUAAAUCGGGAGACUUUGAAGCUUUGACCUGUGCGUUAGAAGUUUUAUUGAAUGAAGUGAAAAAUUGUGAAGAAGAGAAUGAAGAAGGAAAUAAGGAGAUUGAUAAGUCUCCGGUUCUUCGUAAGGGUGACGUGAAGAAAAUGGUGAAUGAUCCUGACGAAGAUGGAAAUACGAUGUUGCACAUGGCAGCGAUAAAUGGAUAUCGAGAGACCGUGUGGGUCUUAUUAGACAUUGGUUCUGAUCCCUGUAAAAAAAAUAAGAAGUUCCAAACCCCAUACGUAAGUGCAAAUGAUAAAGAAACCAGGAAUACCUUCAGGAGGUUCAUGGGCUCAAACCCUGGCAAAUUUAAUUACAAUAAGUCUCAAAUUCCGGGGCCUCUUAACAACGAUAUUGAGUCUGAGGAAUUGGAGAAGAAGAAGCAGCAGAAGAAACUUAAGCGAGAAAGAAAGAAGGAGAAAAGGCAAGAGUUCGAAAUGAAAAAACAAGAGGAAGCAAUGAAACAAGAUUUUCUCAACCUUAGUGAUAGAGAAAAGAGGGCUGUAGCAGCUGAGAGGCGAAUGUUGCAACAGCAGCAAGGCAACAAAUGUCUGCUACGUUGCUUUCAGUGUGGGACUGACAUAAAUCAACAAGUGGCGUUCGAAUGUAAUGCUAAUCAAUUCUGUUCCAUGCCUUGCCUCAAGGAACAUCGUCUACAUCACAAGUUCAUUGCAUAAUUGAAAUAAUAAACUUGUGGAAUAGAACCUGUGGAUAUUAGAAACCGGAUUUUGAUGUUGUACCUGCUUCAAAAGUUGGACGUUGAUUGCAGUCUUUUUUUAAAAAAAAAGGAACAUGCAAAAGUUUUAAAUUGUUACAGAGGCCCUUUGGUCUUUGUCUUUUUGAUUGUUAAUGUAGAUCGAGUUUGGUAACGAGCUCUUCAAAAGAAAUCGUCUGUGACAUUUAGGUAUGAAAAACUUACCAGAAAAUUAACAUAUAAUGCAUUAAAUAUAAUUUUAUGAAAUAGCAUGUAUUUCUUGUAUAUAAUAAUAAAUUUUGUACCGAAAAUAAUUAAAA